CAUGCAGGGGGGACCCCAGCCAGGGAGCAGACCACCUGCCCUCUUCCUCUCUGCAUCUGCAAAGCCAGGGAGGGGGCGAGUUUGUAGGAGGUCCUUUGGGGAGGCGUCAGGAAAAAAUGGGAAUGCAAAUGAACCCCAUUGAGAUUGCGGAAUUAGUCACAUUCAUUAACGGAGGUCACAGCCAUUCACAGAGGUCGUAGCCAGGUGGAAACAUUUGGACGUAGUAAUAAUACUUGGCCUGUGAUAAGCGAAGAAAAAUGCUGGACGGGUCAUAGCAGAUAGAAUAAAGUCCUUUAAUCACGCAGUGCCUACGUAGUUAAACCGACGGCACUCCCCCCACAGGAGGCAGGGAUGGUCACCAACCUAGACGGCUUGAAAGAAAGGAUGAGGCCAAUUCCUUUUGUUCUAUAUAAAAAUCUUUUUAUCCAACUUAAAUCUCUCUGCCAGCUGUAACUGAGAAAACCACUGGAACAUUCAACAUUGCAUAGCCAGACUCCCAUUCAGGAGCCCUUAUGGUUGUCCUUAGAUUAAGGAGGUGACCUGAUAACAUAGAUGGAUGAGCAAUAUUCAGCUGGCCCUGAAGCAGGAAUAGGCCUUGCCAUCAAAACUGGGAGCAAUGGUGGAUUCCGGGGAAACUCCGUGCAGAAGUUCCUGGGUGAGGAGGACACCCUCUGCUCAGAAGUGCAGAGCCAGCUGCUCAGGCAGAAGGCCAAAGAACCCCGAGAGAUUUGCAGCCAACUCUACCACUUGGACCAUCAAUGGCUAAAGCCAGAAAGGCACACGAAAGUUCAGAUGCUGGACCUGGUGAUCUUGGAGCAGUUCCUGGCUGUCCUUCCACCAGAGAUGGAGAACUGGGUGAGGGAAUGUGGAGCGGAGACCAGUUCCCAGGCAGUGGCCCUGGCCGAAGGAUUCCUCCUGAGUCAGGCAGAGGAGAGAAAGCAGGCAGAGCAGCAGGGGAAGGAUCUUUUUGCAGAAAUGGGUCUUGAUUCUUCUGAGGCAGAGAAGACUCCAUUGGACACCAGAGUGAGGCCUCUGGGUAAGGAGGAAGGAGUGUUUUCUGUGUUUUGUCACAUUCUCUUGGUUUUGAAACUAAUCUGUAAACCAUUUGCAAAAUAGAGCUUCCUCCCCUUUUUCUUUUACACACAGAGUUCCAUUUGAUACAAAAUUUAAAAAUUCCUUCCAGUAGCUCUUUAGAGACCAACUAAGUUUGUCAUUGGUACGAGCUUUCGUGUGCAUGCACGCUUCUUCUUCAGAUAUUGGUGCUACUGGAAGGAUUUUUUAAAUUUUGUUUUGACUACGGCACACCAGCACGGCUACCUACCUGUAACUGUUUCCAUUUGAUGUUAUAGUCUAUAUCUACAAUCCAGUAUAAUCCCUGCUCACCUGUACGUAUAUAAUUUGAACUAGCAUUCAAUGGUGGGUUGCCAAAUCAUAAUUGUAGAGAAAAAAACUUUAUAUAAAGAAGCUGUAGGCGCCCCUCCCUCCCGUCUUUUGCACCAAAUGAAGUCUUCUCUCAAAUUCAACCCUUAAAGAGCUGGUUCCAUUCUGCAGUUUAUGAUCUCAUCUCUUCCAGCAAUGCCUGUACAUUGGACCAAAUUGAGCUCUAAUAGACAGGAGAAUCUCUGCUUCUUAAUGGCGGCGAAGGAGGGUUUGGGGCAGGUUUUGGGCUUUUGUACUCAGCGCCUCCCUGCCUCCCGCGAUCCAAGCCAGAGCAAGAGCCAAGUACCAAGAUGAACUGGGAGUUAAGUCCGUUUCCCUCUGUCCCUGGGGGGAACUUGCAAGGAGAAUUACCCUCAAUCAUCCUUGUUUUUCCUUUGCCAACAAUCUCCUGCUGCCUCCAUUAAGGCACAGUGGAACUGGAAGCUAGCAGGGGAGACUUUGACGAAGCCCCAUCCAUACUUAGAGAGGACUGUUACACCUCCGAGAGAAGCAGGCGCUUACAGUUU